CAGCAAGAUCAGACUAACACGGCUGCAUCUCUAUUACUAUCCAGAGAUAAGUUAUGGAUGAUUUGGGAGUACUGACUUUGAAUUUCCUUGCAUCUGUUCAGUUUGCCUUAAUCAUUAAGUAACAUUCUGUUAGGAAAUAUCAGAUACCUUGGAGGUCCUAGAAUACCAUGACGAUAGGCAUGGUCUAAGAACCUGAAUAGAAUGGAAUCAUUUUCAUUAAUAAGCCACAAAUUCAUCUAUCAGUUUACAACUGGCUUAGUCUAGUGCAAGGAAGGGGGAUUUCAUUCUCCUCAACUAGAGACAAGGGGCUAGGGUUUUUCACUACACAAAUUCAAUUAAUUGGCAAUAUAGUGUGAGCUGGGCUAGAAAGACCAAGAGCCUAAGAUUUCAUAGGGAGCUUUCCUCAGUCUAGAGGGUGCUUGUGAUUGUCUCCUGGUUCUCUUGUCAGCUCUCAAAAUCAAUUAAUGCCAUGUCUACACUAGAGACCUUACAGCUGUACGAGUUCAGCUGUGUUGCUGUAAGAUCUCUCAUAGAGUUGACCUAAAAUUUAGGUCACUCAGGGGUGUGUUUUUUUCAGAUAGUGGAAGUGGCUAAGUAAACCACCCUAUUUGUAGGGGAGUAGCCUUUGCCAUGUGGAAUGGAAGAGUUUGGGAGUGUUGCUCCAGGGCAAAAUUUCAGGGGGCUUAUGUAGUUAGGGAAACUCAGACGUGUCUUAAAAUUCAGACAUAAAAAGAAGCAUCCCAAUUUUCAGAAAGUGGCUCCCCUAAUAGAAAUAACCCACACUUUUCUGUGAUAUCAUUUAUAAUUUCAUCAGGGUCACUUUGCAGUUGGUGGCAGCAUCUACCUUUCUCAGAGAUGCUGUGGCUGCAAGCUUGUUCUCAUUGGCCAGUUUUCUAAGUUGUGCAUGGGGGUAUUGCCGCAGUUAGUUUACACAAUUCACACUGGAGAGAGUUUCCUAACAAUGUAUGUGAAAUUAUCUUUCUGAAAAUGGGGCAUGUCUUUGAAAGUGAUGAGAGAGCCCCACCUUGUGGAAUGAACUUGAAAAGUGCAGGAAGUGCAGUGAGAGUUUAACAAUAAAAGGGUUUAGCAGAGGUGUUAGUAAGCGAGAACAGCGAGGCAUAUAAAAGGAUAGAGUUGGGGGAGGGGGAAAUCAGCAAAGCUAUUCAAAGUGUACAGAGACGGAAUAGAAGCAGCCAGUAGUAAAACCUAGAGGAGAGACACAGCUGAACCUGUGUAACCAAGAUACGAGGGAAAGACAAUAGUCUGAAACAUCUGAAUGUGAUAAUUGCGGAGGAAGUGGGGAGAAAAAAUGAAACCAGUCUAAGAUGAAAAUGAAUUAUUUGAAAUGUUCUGAAGAGAACAAUUUUCCAGUAGUUAGGAAGUGCAUUUGACAUCAUAAUGAAAGAAAAAGAUGUGAUCUAUUUUUAAUUCUUCUUCCUUCAAGCAUACAGCAAAAUGUACCAUGCAGUUGCAAAGUGAGGGUAAAUUUUAAGUGAGAAUAUUUUGCUGCUAAUGGUUGGGAACAGCGUAGAAUCAUAGAGCUGUAUGGUUGAAAGGGAACUUGAGAGAUUAAUAAGUCCAACUGCUUGUACUGAGGUAGGACCAAGUAACCCUGGAGUCGAACACCCUGACAGGUGUUUGUCCAGUCUGUUCUUAGAAACCUCCAAUGAUGGGGAUUUCACAACCUCCCUUGGAAAACGCCUAGUGCAAUGCUUAGCUCUCCUUAUAGUUAGAAAGUUUUCCUUAACAUCUAUUUCUCUUGCUAUAGAUUUAACCUUCAGUGGACAUGGAGAAUAGUUGGUCUCCACCUUCUCUAUAACAGCUCUUGCUAUAUUUGUAGACUGCUAUUAGGUCCCUUCUCAGACUUUUCUUGAGAUUAAAUUCACUCAGGUUUUUAACCUUUUCUCACAUGUCACUUUUUGUUUCUCUCCUCUGGACUCUCUCUGGUUUGUCCACAGCUUCCUUACAGUGCGGUGCCCAGAACUGGAGAGAGUGCUCAGCUGAGGCCUCACCAUUGCUGAAUAGAGCAGGACAGGCACUGCCCAGGUGUACCAGUACGCGACCAGGAGAGACCGGAAUGGAUGUGACGAGCCGGUGCACCCUUGGAGAUCCCAACAAAUUGCCAGAGGGGGUACCGCAGCCUGCUCGCAUGCCCUACAUCUCAGACAAGCACCCUCGACAAACCUUGGAGGUUAUCAAUCUUCUACGGAAGCACCGGGAGUUGUGUGAUGUCGUACUAGUUGUGGGUGCCAAAAAGAUCUAUGCCCAUCGGGUGAUACUUUCAGCCUGCAGUCCUUAUUUCCGGGCCAUGUUCACCGGGGAGCUGGCAGAAAGUCGGCAAACAGAGGUUGUGAUUCGAGACAUAGAUGAAAGGGCCAUGGAGCUGCUGAUUGACUUUGCGUACACCUCCCAGAUCACAGUGGAAGAGGGUAAUGUCCAGACCUUACUGCCAGCAGCUUGCCUUCUCCAGUUGGCUGAGAUCCAGGAAGCCUGUUGUGAGUUCCUAAAAAGACAGUUGGACCCUUCGAACUGCCUGGGUAUCCGGGCUUUUGCUGACACUCACUCCUGCCGUGAACUGCUGAGGAUUGCCGACAAGUUCACGCAACAUAACUUUCAAGAGGUGAUGGAGAGUGAGGAAUUCAUGCUUCUUCCAGCCAAUCAGCUCAUAGAUAUUAUAUCCAGUGAUGAGUUGAAUGUUCGCAGUGAGGAGCAGGUGUUCAAUGCCGUGAUGGCUUGGGUAAAGUACAGCAUUCAGGAGAGGCGACCCCAGCUACCCCAGGUGCUGCAACAUGUCCGUCUGCCACUGCUCAGUCCCAAGUUCCUGGUGGGGACAGUCGGCUCAGAUCCACUCAUUAAAAGUGAUGAAGAAUGCAGGGACCUGGUGGAUGAAGCGAAGAACUACCUGCUGUUGCCCCAAGAGCGGCCGCUGAUGCAGGGACCAAGAACUCGACCACGCAAACCCAUCCGCUGUGGAGAAGUGCUCUUUGCAGUGGGAGGCUGGUGUAGCGGGGAUGCAAUUUCCAGUGUGGAGCGCUAUGACCCUCAAACCAAUGAGUGGCGGAUGGUGGCUUCCAUGAGCAAAAGGCGCUGUGGAGUUGGAGUCAGUGUUCUGGAUGACCUUCUGUAUGCUGUGGGAGGCCAUGACGGUUCUUCUUAUCUUAACAGCGUAGAAAGGUACGACCCGAAGACGAAUCAGUGGAGCAGCGAUGUGGCUCCCACCAGUACCUGCAGGACCAGUGUUGGAGUGGCAGUUCUCGGGGGAUAUCUGUAUGCUGUUGGUGGCCAGGAUGGCGUCUCUUGUCUCAACAUUGUGGAAAGGUAUGAUCCAAAGGAAAACAAAUGGACUCGGGUGGCUUCCAUGAGCACCAGGCGCUUGGGAGUGGCGGUGGCUGUGUUAGGGGGCUUUCUCUAUGCUGUGGGAGGUUCUGAUGGGACGUCCCCUCUCAAUACAGUGGAGCGGUACAAUCCCCAGGAGAACCGCUGGCAUACAAUAGCUCCCAUGGGAACUAGACGGAAGCACCUAGGCUGUGCGGUAUACCAGGACAUGAUCUACGCUGUGGGAGGCCGAGAUGACACCACUGAACUCAGCAGUGCCGAGAGAUACAAUCCCAGAACCAACCAGUGGUCUCCUGUGGUGGCUAUGACAUCACGGCGGAGCGGCGUUGGCCUUGCAGUAGUGAAUGGACAGCUAAUGGCAGUGGGAGGUUUUGAUGGCACAACAUAUUUGAAGACCAUUGAAGUAUUUGAUCCUGAUGCUAACACAUGGAGGUUGUAUGGCGGAAUGAACUAUCGUCGGCUAGGAGGCGGUGUAGGCGUUAUCAAAAUGACACAUUGUGAAUCCCAUAUAUGGUAAGCAUCUAAUGGAGGGAAAGCUCUUGGUUCUCAAUCCUAUACAAACUGAAGAGACUUACUGACUCUGGAGCUCUGUGUGGCUCUAGUACAAUAUAGACCCACCUUAAUUCUUUGCCGGUGCCUCUUUCUAUGGAAUUAUACGUAAAAUGACUUUUUUGAGCACACAUGCCUAAUGCGAGACCACCUUGUCAGACUCCAGGGAACCACCUAUCACAACUAGAAGCUUUGCUUAUGUCCAUAUUUUUUUCUAAACCGUGUCUCAGUUUUUUGAAUAAACUGAACUGUCUGUUACUCUAGCAUAAACAGUGACCUGGGACUGCAAGCUGUGCCAGGGGUCUGGCAAAGAGGAGGGCGUCUCCUCCUGGAGCAGUGGAAGUGUCAUCCAUGCAGUGGGCACGAAAGAGGAAAGUGAUACUGAAAAUAGUGCUUUUGCCUUAUUUACAGAGAGCUUCAUUUAAAAAAUUUUUUUACUUGACCUGAAAGGUGCCACCUUUGCACAGAAGCUUUUCUGAGUGCAGAGUAUAUUUAUUUUUCAUUUAAUUUGUAUCAUCUGUUUUCUUUAUAUUGCUCACAGUGAAAGAUUCCAUCUCUUUUAAUUUAUAUUAUAUCUAUAUGUAAUGAGGGAUUGAGUUCUGACAGGCGGUUGGUUGGAGCAGGGCUACAUCCUGUCAUGCUUCUGGAUACUGCAGUGCCAAAUCACCCGGGCCUCUUAGAGCACAGGAGCUGUGAAGAUCAGUGUCCUGAGUGUCUGGUCAGUUUUUCGGGAAAUGAGGAGCAGGACUGAAAUUCCCAUCUUUCUGCUGAUUUACUGAUGCUCAAAAAGGAGGUUGGAAACGAAAGGUGAAAAAUAGACUCCAAAAUUAUGCAUUUUUCCAGUGUGCGGUACAAAAGUUCAGGAUCUAUGGUUUUCCUGUACAUGAACCUUAUGAGAGCAUUUCUUGUCAUUUAAAAAUAUCUCUGUACCAUGCUGUCUGCUAAACUUACCAGUUCAUGUCUAAUGCUCAUAUGGGAACCACUCGUUACUUUUGGAGAAUCUAGAAAGGUGUAGACUGGCCAUUUCCUGACACUUGC